AUGCCUGCCGCCGACGUUUCAAAAGCUCCUGCCUCUUCUGGCAAGGAGGUUGCUCAGUCUGUCGCUGUCCUUGAGGAUCUGAUCAAGAACCUCAACGUCUCGACCAGCCCCGAGGAGGCUAACGCCGCCUCUGGCAACCUUGCCACUCUCUUCAGCGGUCCUAUCCCCGAGCAGACUCUCCCCGCCAAGGCCGCCGAGAUCUUCAAGAAGCAGCUCGCCAACAAGAAGGAUGCUACUGCCCGUGAGCGUGCCCUUGAGGGUAUCCGCGCCAUCGCUUCCCACGGCACCAUCGCCCCCGGUGUCGAGCCCCACCUCGCUGAGCUCCUUGCUCCCGUUCUCGCUGCUGUUGGUGACAAGAUGACCCCCGUCCGCGAGAUGGCUGAGUCCACCGCUGUCGCUAUCACCCAGGCUAUCAACGGUAACGCCGUCAAGGCUAUCGUCCCUGCUAUCCUUGAGUCUAUCUCCAACGCCCAGAAGUGGACCGAGAAGAAGACUGCUCUUGACUGUCUUGAGAUCCUGGUUGCCUCAUCCCCCGCCCAGCUCUCCUACCAGGUCCCCCGCCUUAUCCCCGUUGUCUCUGAGGCCAUGUGGGACACCAAGGCUGAUAUCAAGAAGGCCGCCUACGGCACCAUGGAGAAGGUUUGCGGUCUGAUUGUCAACAAGGAUAUUGAGCGUUUCAUUCCCGAGCUCAUCAAGUGUAUUGCCAAGCCUGAGAACGUCCCCGAGACCGUUCACUUGCUCGGUGCUACCACUUUCGUUUCCGAUGUCACUGGUCCUACCCUCGCUAUCAUGGUUCCCCUUCUGGACCGUGGUCUCGUUGAGCGUGAGACUGCCAUCAAGCGUAAGUCUGCUGUCAUUGUCGACAACAUGUGUAAGCUGGUCGAGGACCCCCAGAUCGUCGCUCCUUUCUUGCCCAAGAUGUUGCCCGGCCUGAACAAGAACCACGACACCCUUGCCGACCCCGAGGCCCGUGAGAAGACUCGCCAGGCCCUUGACACCAUCACCCGUGUUGGUCAGAUCAAGGAUGGCAAGAUCCCCGAGAUCUCCACCGCUGGUGACAUCUCCACCGUUGCCGCUAUCCUCAAGGAUAUCCUCAAGCCCAAGUUCGAGUCCCGCAUCGCCCCUUGCGAGACCAUCAUCAACUACGUUGCUGCCAUCGCUGGUCAGCUCGUUGACGAGAAGGAUUCCGACUCCACCAUCUGGACCCAGAACGCUCUGCCUUACAUCGUUGCCAUCGUUGGCGAGGAGGAGGCUAAGCCUAUUGCCGAUGCUCUCCGCAAGAAGGCCUCCCCCGAGGCCGCUGCCGCUGACGAGAUCCCCUCCGACGAGGAGGAGGGUGUCGAUCUUUGCAACUGUACCUUCUCCCUGGCUUACGGUGCCAAGAUUCUGCUUAACCAGACUCACCUGCGUCUUAAGCGUGGUCAGCGUUACGGUCUCCUGGGUCCCAACGGUUCCGGAAAGACCACUCUCAUGCGUGCUAUCAACAACGAGCAGCUUGAGGGUUUCCCCAAGAAGGAUGAAGUCAAGACCGUCUACGUCGAGCACGACCUCGACGCCGCCGACACUGAGCAGACUGUCAUUGGCUGGACCGUGAAGAAGCUUGUCGAGGUUGGCCUUGAGCCCGUUGAGGCUGAUGUCCGUGACAAGCUGAUCAACGAGUUCGGCUUCCAGCCCGAGCAGCUCGAUGGUCUUAUCACCUCCCUGUCCGGUGGUUGGAAGAUGAAGCUCGCUCUGUGCCGUGCCGUCUUCGAGCAGCCCGAUAUUCUUCUGCUCGAUGAGCCCACUAACCACAUGGACGUCAAGAACGUCGAGUGGCUCGAGAACUACCUCAAGACCUCUCCUUGCACUUCCAUCAUGGUGUCUCACGACUCCCGCUUCCUGGACCACGUUAUCCAACACGUUAUCCACUACGAGCGCUUCAAGCUCAAGCGUUACCGCGGUACCCUGAGCGAGUUCGUUAAGAAGGUCCCCUCCGCUCGCUCCUACUACGAGCUCGGUGCCUCCGACAUGGAGUUCAAGUUCCCCGAGCCCGGUUUCCUUGAGGGUGUCAAGACCAAGUCUAAGGCCAUCAUCCGUGUCAACAACAUGACCUUCCAAUACCCCAACACGCCCCGUCCCCAGAUUGCCGACAUCACCUUCCAGGUCUCCCUGGGUUCCCGUAUUGCCGUCAUUGGUCCCAACGGUGCCGGAAAGUCUACUCUCGUUAACGUCUUGACUGGUGAACUUAUCCCCACCUCCGGUGACGUCUACCAGCACGAGAACAUCCGUAUUGCCUACAUUAAGCAGCACGCUUUCGCUCACAUUGAUAACCACCUUAACUCCACUCCCUCCGAGUACAUCCAGUGGCGUUUCCAGACUGGUGAGGACCGUGAGACCAUGGACCGUGCCAACAAGAUCGUCACCGACGAGGAUGAGAAGGCCAUGGACAAGAUCUACAAGGUCGAGGGUACCCUCCGUCGUGUCAUUGGUAUCCACUCUCGUCGUAAGUUCAAGAACACCUACGAGUACGAGAUCUCUUGGUCUCUGGGUGACAACAUCGGCAUGAAGUCCGAGAAGUGGACUCCUCUCAUGUCCGCCGACAACACCUGGUUGCCCCGUUCCGAGAUCAUGGAGUCUCACUCCAAGCAGGUCGCCGAGGUUGACCAGAAGGAGGCCCUUGCCUCCGGUCAGUUCCGUCCUCUGGUCCGUAAGGAGAUUGAGCAGCACUGCGCCAACUUCGGUCUGGACAACGAGCUGGUCUCUCACUCCCGUAUGCGUGGUCUGUCUGGUGGUCAGCGUGUCAAGGUCGUCCUUGCUGCUUGCUCUUGGCAGCGUCCUCACGUCAUUGUCCUUGACGAGCCUACUAACUACCUGGACCGUGACUCCCUUGGUGCUCUCUCCAAGGCUCUGAAGUCCUUCGAGGGUGGUGUCAUUAUCAUUACCCACUCCCGUGAGUUCACUGAGAACCUCACUGAGGAAGUCUGGGCCGUCAACAACGGUCUCAUGCAGCCUUCCGGUCACAACUGGGUUCAGGGCCAGGGCUCCGGUCCCCGUCUGGACGCUAAGGGUGAUGAUGAGGAGGACAAGUUUGAUGCCAUGGGUAACAAGAUUGUCGUCGAGAAGAAGAAGAAGCUCACUGGAUCUGAGCUUCGCAAGAAGAAGAAGGAGCGUGCUGCUCGCCGCAAGCGUGGUGAGGAGGUCUUCUCUGACGAGGAUGACAUCUAA